GUGGUAGCUCAUUGUGAGUGUAGAAAAUUACGACCGUCAUUGUAAACAGUGAAAGCAACAUACGGAACCGUCGGAGGAGGGAGCCACGUCGCUAGCUGCGAUUUCUUCUGUCGGUGGUAGACGCUUCAAACUUGCCCACUGGCUCGUUAAAUAGCGCUGCAAAAUACUGAGACCUGCCUUAUCCUCUUCUGUCCGCCCAAGCUAACACGCCCACGCCGGCGGACCAAUCAUCGACUGCCUCACCUUCGCCAUCUGCGCAAAGUUUCUUCGAUUCCACGCCUCACGCCAAUUACACCCACCCGCUACACUCGAGAGGGAUCAAGGCACAUUGCACCCACGUGUUUUCACAGCAAACAUGGUUAGCAAGCUGUCCCAAUUCGGCAACAAGCUGCUGCGUCGACGCACGCUGGACUUCUCCGGCGAGGAAACUCGCUUUGCCCGCUGCCUGUCCACCCUGGACCUCAUUGCCUUGGGGGUGGGCUCCACGCUGGGCGCCGGCGUCUACGUCCUUGCCGGCGAGGUGGCCCGCGAGAGGGCCGGACCCGCCAUCGUCCUCUGCUUUCUCAUAGCUGCCCUGUCCUCCAUGUUGGCGGGCCUUUGCUACGCUGAGUUCGGAGCCCGCGUGCCCAAGACAGGCUCUGCAUACCUCUACAGCUACGUGACAGUGGGAGAGAUCUGGGCCUUCAUCACUGGCUGGAACCUCAUCCUUUCGUAUGUGAUUGGCACUGCAAGUGUGGCUCGUGCAUGGAGUUCCACUUUUGACAACCUUGUGGAGCAGAAGAUCUCGUUCUUUUUCAAAGCCUCCAUGACAAUGAAAGUGCCUGGCAAGGUGUUGGCAGAGUACCCUGACCUGUUUGCCCUCAUUCUGGUGCUCCUGCUCACAGGACUCUUGGCCUUCGGCGUGAGCGAGUCGGCGCUGGUCAACAAGAUCUUCACCGGCAUCAAUUUGGUUGUCCUGGGCUUUGUUAUCAUCUCUGGUUUCGUGAAGGGCGACACGGCUAACUGGAACCUCACCCUGGACAACUACACCAGUUUCCUAAACCACACCAACACCAGCAAUGUUGAGCAAGAAUUUGGGAAAGGCGGUUUUGCUCCGUUUGGCCUUGCCGGGGUCUUAUCUGGUGCCGCCACCUGCUUCUACGCCUUUGUGGGCUUUGACUGCAUUGCUACCACAAGUGAGGAGGCAAAGAAUCCCAUGCGUUCCAUUCCUAUAGGCAUCGUGGCCUCCCUGCUCAUCUGCUUUUUCGCCUACUUCGGUGUGUCUGCGGCGCUCACCCUAAUGAUGCCCUACUACCAGCUGAACACCCAAAGCCCUCUGCCCGAGGCCUUCACCCACGUAGGCUGGGCCCCAGCUCGCUACAUCGUGGCUGUGGGCUCGCUCUGCGCUCUCUCCACCAGCCUCCUCGGCUCCAUGUUCCCCAUGCCCCGGGUCAUCUACGCCAUGGCCGAGGACGGUCUCUUGUUCCGUGCACUGUCCAGGAUGAACAAUCGCACCAAGACGCCUCUGCUGGCUACCAUAGCUUCUGGCAUUGUCGCAGCUCUGAUGGCCUUCCUGUUUGACCUCGGUGCUCUGGUCGACCUCAUGUCCAUUGGAACGCUGUUGGCCUAUUCGCUGGUAGCAAUCUGUGUCCUCAUCCUCAGGUACCAGCCCCGCACGUUGCCCUCAUCCAGCCAGACUGAGAAACUGGUGGAGCUGGUGGAAGGCGAGAAGGUGGCCGUGAGCAACGGGGACAGCGGCGAUGAGUACACUGAGAGCGAGGAGAAGCCCCUCAGUGAGGUUUUCACCUACAAGCUGCUCUUCUCCCCCAGCGCAAAGACCCCCACGCACACCUCAGGGAAAAUAGUCUAUGUGACCACUGCCGUCAUCUCUAUCCUUAUCACCAUCCUGUGCAUCAUCCUUGCUAACUUUCUGCCGAAUCUGCUGGCUGGCCAGGGAGUUGUAGUGGCAGUUUGUAUUAUUUUGACCCUGCUGUGCGCCGGCUGUCUAAUCAUCAUCUGCAGGCAACCUGAGAGCAAAGAGGCUCUGACCUUCAAGGUUCCUCUGCUUCCUUGGUUGCCUCUGUUCAGUGUUUUCGUCAACAUCUACCUCAUGAUGCAGCUGGACAAGGGCACCUGGUGCCGUUUCACCGUCUGGAUGGUUAUUGGUUUCGCCAUCUACUUCUUGUACGGCAUGAAGAACAGCAGUGCUAACCGCUCGUCCCCGCGCAGGUACGAGCCGGCGCUGCAGUCUAAGAGCCCAAUUUAUAAGGGCGCCCCCAACGACAGCGACGUAGAGGAGGCCGGCAGCCCCUGAUAGCUGCUUACGUGGUCCCGGAGAAAGGGAGGGAGGGGGGUAGUCGGUUUGGUGGGAGCGCGCCAACUAUAGAACGCUGCUCCUUAGGGAGAUGAGGCCACAUAUGUUUUACCUCUUUUGACACGUAGGCUGGUAAUAACUUGAUGCCUGGGACACUGUGACGCAUCUUGUUUUUUUUUUUGUAUUUUUUUUUUUUUUUGGUAGGGAAGUCUGUUGGUGUAGUUAGCAACGUAGCCCGCUCUCGCCACACAAGCGGUCGUCGCAUCGCUCUUUUUGUCAUCAUACGUGAUCCUCCUCCUUCCUUGUCUCCUUAGAGGAGAUGUCGACUCGAGCUUCUGACGUGUCACAGGAAGACAUCAACUUUCUGUGUGCGUCCAGUUGAUUUAUUGCACCGGCCUGUUGCUUUGUGUCUGCUGUUUAUGUGUGUGUGUGUGUAUGCGUGUGCGUGUAAACAGGGUAGUGGCCAAGCUGUACGAGCUCCACGUGUCGUGGAUUCAAAUGCUGGAAGGUCAAUAAUGGCACACGAUCCAUGUUGAUGUCGCAUACACAACACCUCACAAGUUCUCCGUGUUAAUUCUUGAAUUGUUCCAUUAUAAACCUUUCACCCUGAGAUGUAACUUUUUGCUGACAGUGUACAGUGGACCCACUUCGAUCGACUUUCAGUCUGGAGUUCUAACAUAAAUUUAGCAAUAGAAUGUUGACGCUAGUUGACUUUCAAGUUUCAACAGCAAACAUUUAAUUGGUAUUGCUGAGUUUAUCAAGUACGGUACAGUGAAUUGUACCUGCAAUUGAUAUUUCACGAAUUGUGGUUAUCAACAUUUUCCCUCUUCACUGGUACUGGCUUUUGUUUCCCCAAAGGUUAAAGAAAAAUCAAAACUUCAUCCCAAGUCUCGGUCAAUACACUUGGGAGGUUCCACCGUGGUUGUUACUCCCCCCCCCCCCUUUUUUUUUUCUACAAAAUUCAUCCUUUGUCCACACUCAAUGAAGUCAGUGCAAGUGUGAGGGGCACUCGAUGAGCUCAGUGUGCAGGCUGCCAUUUCUAAAGAAAGCACUUCUUGUUACCGCCGGAGACAUAUUGUCGUCGUCCAAGUUUCAGUUUCAAUGCAAACUUGGCAGCUUUGUCAGUGAAGAUGAAGUCUCAUAUUUCUACAGUACAGCUUUACUGUACUAAAUGUGCACAUUAGUGCUGAUUGAAUUGAAAGUCAUCUUUCUCAAUUAGUUGAUAAGCAAUGCAUCAUUAUUAUUUUUUUUUUACACUACCAUGCGUUUUGUAAAGCAUUUAGAAAUCCAUGAAAUGGACCCACGUAACGACAUGGACAAGUUUUAACAUUAGGAAAUAGUACAUUAACAAGCGAGUUGGAGUGUUAGAGGAGCAUGUUUGUAAAGUUACCGGAGAAAAGUUUGGGAGGUAAAUUAAGUUACAAGAAAAAUGUCAUUUUAUAUGGGGAAUAUUUUUUUUUUUUUUUUGGGGGGGGGGGGAUUGUUGUCUCGAACACAAGGGGAAAGUAAUACUGUAAGCGGAAUAGUUGUACUGUUUUUGUAUAACUUAACAUUUACUCCUUAUGUUACAAUUUUAAUUUUAUUCAAUUAAAACAAUAUUGUAACAUUAAGAUUUUUGUCCUGAACUUGCAGCUUUUUCCUGCUAAUAUUACAUUGUUGUUGUUAUUGUGUUUGAUUCCCAUCAGAUUAGUACUUUUUGGGGUUUAUUUACAUAAAAUUCGAUUUUUACAUAAUAGGAAAUUAUUGUAAGAUUAUGAUUGUUGAAUUUUUAAAAUCUAACUUUCAAUUCAAUAAUUCUUGUAAAACUGACUUUUUCCUCUUUUUUUAUGUUACAUUAUGACUGGUAAUAUUACUUCGACUAUGACUGUGAAAUUAAGACUCCCUGAUAUGACUUCAUGCUUGUAAAAUUUAGAUGUAGUUUUUUUUGCUGAUAUAACUUUAUUCUUGCAAUGCUAUGACUUCAUUCCUCAUGAAUUUAUAACUUGUUUUGUUUAAAACAUGACUUAGUUGGAAUUUACUUCAUAUCUCAGUACCUUUUCUGAUAUCUUUGUGUAAAAUUUAUUCUUUUCUGAUGUUAUGUUAAAAGAAUGCUGGUAAAUAUUCUGGGGUGUUCUCUUAAAGGGCGUUCCCCUCUGCUUCCCAACACUACUUUCCCCCCCACCCAGAAAAUUGCAAUUUCCUUGUAAAUGUAAAUAUUUUAUGUGAUCGUUGCGUGGCACGUUGGCACAGCUGUUGAGGUUUGGCCUCACAGUUCUGAGGACUGGGGUUCAAAUCCUGGCCCGUCCUGUGUAGAGUUUGCUUGUUCUCCCCGUGCCUGCGUGCGUUUUCUCCCACAUCCCAAAAACAUGCGGUGUAGGUUAAGUGGAGAUUCUAAAUUGUCCGGUAGGUGUGAAUGUGUGUCCAAAUGUUUUUUUUUAUGUGCCCUGUGAAUGGCUGGCAACCAGUUCAGGAUGUACCCUUGCUUUCGCCAAAGAUAGCUCGGAUAGGCUCUAGCACGCCUGCGGCCCUUGUGAGGAUAAACGGUAGAGAGGAUGGAUGGAUGGAUGGAUGGAUGGCUGUGAUUGUUGCAUCAGAGUAUAUCAUGAAGGUAGCCGUUCACAAGUAAAAUUGCCCCGGAUAGUAACGAGUUUGCUCACACCUCCUGUUUUAGACAGUGAUGUAUUUUAGCAUGUACAGAGUUCAGCGACUUUUGCUGUUGAUGUUAAUGUAUUGUUUUGUUGUUUUGCAAAUGAGGUAAUUGUCCUUUCUGACCAAAAUAAAGUACUUCUGAUCACCUUCUGAAACAAAGAAUGACCCCCUAAGGGUUGGUCUAUAAUGCCCCCCCCCCAAUAUAUAACUUAUGUGCUUUACUGUAUAUUGUACAGUAUGUGUAAAAGUGUAUUUGUAAAAUACUGUAAAUUAGACCCCCAACCCAUCCACCACGAAUAUACUUGAUGCUGCUGAAUUAAUGUGGACAAAAAUGUUUUGUUUUUGUUAGUGACUCAAUAAGCAGUGCCUCAAAAGAAAGCACCAAGGCUGGGAUUUUAUUUUGAAAGGAAAAAAUAUAAAUCUUAUAAUGUGUAUGAGCCCGCUUAUCAUAACGUUACAUCCAGCCCUCGUGCCUUUCCAAACAAUCCCUCUUUAUCGAUAAUUUGAUAUUAACAGCGAUGGUCUAUUUUUGGGGGUUUUUUUUUUUUUUGGUCUUUUAUUUUAUAAACUGUACAUAUAGCUGUCAUGUAUAAAUAAACCAGGCUCUACUUCUCUUUUCUUUCUUUUUUUUGAAUAAAAAGAAAUGAACUCCA